GGUCAGGGUAUAUUCUGGCAAACCGUUUGCCAAUCACGUUUCGCAAUCGGCAAAGCAGAUCAUAGCACACGCCUUUUACCAACACACGAUGUAUAACUCGCAAAGCAAAACGUUCCUGCAUGUUUUCCCAGCACAUCACUAUCAAUACACAUAGAAAGCAAGAGGCUCAAGACGUAAGGGGCGGGGCAAUCGUUUAAAAUUUUCAAAUUAAAAGUUUUAAACGUACGAACGUAAACAGAUUGCAAUGGGAAAUUGUUAUAAAUGUGGACAUCCACAAACAGUACAGUAUAUUGUUUUGAGUAUGUUGCAUAAGGGAGAGACGUCAAUUCUCUCGACAGUUAAUUCAUUAAUUAAGAUGGCUGGGAAUUGAUAAAGUUUUACUAAAAGUAUUAUUAGGAAACGGGUCAAGACAAUCAAGACUUAAAAUAUUAUUUAAAUUUCUAAAAAAAACAGUAGUUAUGGAUAUAAUCUAGUGUUAUUUAUUUUAAUUCUUCCUCAUCUUUCUUACUGUCUCUUGUUCCAUACGCACUCCCACUCAGAUUAGUAGGUGGCGUUAAUGUACCUUUAUACGUUGGCUUGCCAAACCAUCAUAAAACACCAGAAGAAGAAACCCGCGCGAGUUUGAAUGCAUGCAGUAUCUUCCACUCAGCUGUUGCCAUGAGUUUAUCGACACAUGAAGACCUUAUAAUGACUAUGUAUGAAAAUGGACACACAGACACAGAAAUAUCAUAUCAUUUAUCUGAGCUAGGAAUGCAGAGGGGGAAUUCAGAGCGAAAUAUAAGAAAAUUCCGUUCUGAAAGAGGUCUUAAGAGAAAAUGCAUCUCCGACGAGGAAUUAGAGUUGGCGGUUUCACGAGCAGUGGUAGAGACUGGACCAUAUUACGGGCGUAAAAUGAUGACGGGCUACCUUGCUGCACAAGGUGUUAAUGCAUCAGAGGUCAGAGUGGGACAGACAUUGGCACAAAUGCAUGAACCAUAUCACCGGGCUCGAUGCCAGGGAGCACGGAAUUUGAAUCCGGUCCCAUACAAUGCAGAGUAUGUGGGGUCACAAACUCCAUAUGGACCAAAAUGAAAAGCUUUGCAUGUUUGGUGUCACACAUGUUAUUGCGAUUGAUGGCUUCAGCAAGAAAAUUGUUGGCCAUUCCACUAUGCCAAUAAAGAAUAAUUUAAUCAUUUAUGAAGAGGUGUACAAAAAAGCUGUCCUUUCCCAUGGGAUGUGGGACCAGGUCAGAGUGGACCAUGGCACAGAAUUGUACCUAACCCUCUUCAUGCAGGAAAUGUUGGCAGAAUACAGACAUAACCAGCAGAGACUACCUUACCUCCAGACAACAUCAACUAAGAACCACACUGUAGAGAGAAUGUGGCCUGAAGUAAAUAAGCGGGUCAAUUUCCCAAUCAAGAGUGCACUUAUCCAAAUGGUUGACCAGGAGUCUUUGGACAUGGAGGAUGGGUUGAUGAGGUACUGUGUGUCCAAUCUUACAUGCCAGAUCAGCCAGAUUGGAGUGCAGAGAUUUGUUCAUGCAUGGAACAGUCAUAAUAUUACAGGCAAAGGCAUCCCCAAUCUGCUGGCAAGAGAUGGCUGCAAAACAAGGAUUUUAGCGGAAUUUCUGCCAAGGGCAUCAGAAUCUGCUGAGCUGUACCGUCAGGAAAUGGGACAGAGAUUGACCACUCCAUCAUCGUUUGGUAUUGACCCAUUCCAGUCUGAGGAGGAUAAAAUUAGGGCAGAGACAGAAUUUAAUUUCCUUUAUUUUGACCUUGGAGAUGUACUGAACUGUACUGUAAAUGAGCAUUACCACCCAUUCCAGGACUGUUUAACUGAGCUAAUUAACAUCACCAGAAGAUGUGCAUAGAUGUCACCAGAAGAUGUGCAAGAGUUGCUUUAUUUUGUUGUAAUUGUAAUAAUGAACACGACAUCAAUAAGUCGUGUCAUUGUACAUUAAUCAUUUUGCCUACUGUAGCAUAGUGUAUAAAAUAUUACAAGAACAGCAGUUACAGUAAGUAUAAUAGUGAAAUUGGAUAAAAUUCUGGUAGCAAAUGAUCAUUUAAGUCAAUGAUUUGUAUUGGUCAGUUUAAAGCAAAACAAACUGGUACUGACAAAAUAGUCUAAUAAAUUAAAUGUAAAUGAACUACAACUUUAUUUUUUUUUUUACUCAGUAUGCCACUGCAUGCAAACAGAACAUGUUUAA